AAGGCAUGCGCUGUCGCAAACAUACAUGUAAGCAUGGCCGACAACGUGGAAAACAAAAUGGAAAAUCUACAAGUUUCUGAUAAGAAAAAGGCAUGCGACUUUUAAUAGAUGUUUAAGGACAAAUUUAAUUCUUUAUGUUUUCAAGACUUGCUUUAGCGCCCCUGCAUAGGCGGCUAGGACGAAAAUUGAUCCGGUCAAUGAGUAGCCGGAAAGGCAAAAAAGACGUAGAGGCUGGUGAUCAAGGGGACAAGUUGAAAGAGCUUAACCCUCCCCCUGAGUUUCAAGCUUCAAGACAGCAAUUAUGGGACAGACUGAAGAAGGAGUACGAUGACUGGGUGGCAGCUCAGGAGAAAAAGCCCAUCAAGAUCACCCUACCUGAUGGCAAGGUAGUAGAGGGCAAGGCCUGGGAAACCACACCGUAUGACGUGGCCCGCGGAAUCAGUCAAGGCCUGGCAGACAAUACUGUGAUAGCGAAAGUCAAUGAGGUAUUAUGGGACCUAGACAGACCUUUUGAGCAGGAUGCUAGUCUGAAACUCUUGAAAUUUGAGGAUAAAGAUGGAGAGUACGUGUUCUGGCACUCGAGCGCUCACAUCCUGGGAGAGGCCAUGGAGUGUCUGUACGGGGGACAUCUGUGUUACGGGCCACCAAUUGAGGAAGGCUUCUACUAUGAUAUGUGGUCGGAAAGGCCAGUUUCAACAAAUGACUAUUCUGUGAUAGAAAGCAAGGUGAAGAAUAUUGUAAAGGAAAAGCAGCCUUUUGAGCGACUUGUCAUGACUAAAGAAAAUCUUCUCAAGAUGUUUGAGUACAACAAGUUCAAGCAGAGGAUUCUCAACGAGAAGGUGGACACCCCAACCACCACAGUCUACAAGUGCGGUCCCCUUAUUGACUUGUGUCUAGGGCCCCAUGUACGUAACACUGGCAGGGUGAAGGCCCUGGCUGUUACCAAGAACUCUGCUACAUACUGGGAAGGCAAGGCAGACGCAGAGUCACUUCAGAGAAUCUAUGGCAUCUCAUUUCCUGACCCUAAACAAAUGAAGGAGUGGAAACACAUCCAAGAGGAGGCUGCCAAGCGGAACCACCGCAAGAUUGGAGUGGAGCAAGAGCUGUUCUUCUUCCAUGAGCUCAGUCCAGGCAGCUGCUUCUUCCUGCCCAAAGGAGCCCAUAUAUACAACACACUCAUCAACUUAAUCAAGUCGGAGUACAGAAAGCGUGGCUUUACCGAGGUUGUGUCCCCCAACAUUUACAACCACCGCCUGUGGGAGACUUCUGGACAUUGGCAACACUACGCUGAAAACAUGUUUCAGUUUGAUGUUGAAAAGGAAAAGUAUGCCCUGAAACCCAUGAACUGUCCGGGUCACUGUCUGAUGUUUGACCACCGUGUAAGGUCCCACAAGGAGUUGCCCCUUCGCUUGGCUGACUUUGGGGUCCUCCAUCGCAACGAGCUAUCUGGAGCGCUUAGCGGACUGACCCGUGUACGCCGCUUCCAGCAGGACGAUGCCCACAUCUUCUGCAUGCCUGAACAGAUAGAGCAGGAGGUGAUGUCAUGUCUGGAUUUCCUGCAACACAUCUACGGGAUCUUCGGCUUCACCUUCGAGCUGAAGCUCUCAACAAGACCCGAGGGAUUCCUGGGAGACCCUGCCCUGUGGGAAACGGCAGAAACUCAACUUGCAACCACCUUAGAUAAAUUUGGAAGGAAGUGGGAAUUGAAUCCAGGAGAUGGAGCCUUUUAUGGGCCAAAGAUUGACAUAACCAUCACAGACGCAUUGAAGCGACCACACCAGUGUGCCACCAUACAGCUUGACUUCCAGCUGCCCAUACGCUUCAAUCUGGGAUAUGUUAGCGCCUCAGGUGAUGGUGAGAGGAAGCGUCCAGUGAUCAUCCAUCGAGCAAUCCUUGGUUCAGUGGAACGCAUGAUGGCAAUCCUCUGUGAAAGCUACGGGGGCAAAUGGCCAUUCUGGUUGUCCCCCAGGCAAUGUAUUGUGGUUCCAGUGGCCCCAGCGUACGAUGAAUAUGCUAACAAGGUGAGACAGCAGAUCUUUGAGGCUGGGUUUGAGUGUGAGGCAGAGCUUGACCCGUCCAACACACUCAACAAGAAAGUGCGCAACUCUCAACUCGCUCAGUUCAACUUUAUCCUCGUUGUGGGUGAGAAGGAAGUGGCGUCUGGCACAGCCAACGUACGUACAAGAGACAACAAGGUGCACGGCGAACAUAGCGUGGAAAAAAUCAUCGAGAGGUUCAACUUCCUUAAGGACAGCAAGAGUGUCAACGCUGAUGAAGACUUUGAAGAGAAAACGCAAUAAAUUGGAUGCUAUGGGCAUGGAAUAUGGGGGACAAUUUAGUGAUGGUUCAGCAAAUACUGUAUGUCAGACUUCAAAUGAAUGUUAAGGAAUGUGAACGAGCUAUUAAGCUGAGUUGUUGUUUAUGUGAUUGAAUAAUGAUUGUCAUGUAAUUCCAAUUUCAAAAGAAUAUUUGUGUGUUUAGUACUUUGCUAUUUAUUAAAUGUGAAUUGUCCAAUCAGCUUUAACACAAUUUAUUUAAUUUAUUAUGGCUCAAAAAAAAGUUUGUUCAAAUAAUAAUUUAUUUGUACAUGUUGUUUCCUGUUAUAUAAAAAACAUAAUGUCACAAUGUUACAGUAAUAGUCACUUGGAAUAAAACUGCUUGUAGUACAUGUUGUUUCUCAUUCUGAUCUUUUCAUGAUUUUGUUGUUGGGUGUCCAACAUUUGCAUAUUUCCUCAUGUAUGAACUUUACAUAACAUCACGGUAAUGGUCACAUUCUGUCUAUUUACACCCAGUUAGUUUAGAAAUGUAAACGCCACUAGUUCUACGAUAUGAUGUCUAGUAAAACUUUCAAAAUAUGA